UAAAUAAAUUCACGGGAGGUUUACAACACCGAAUCGGCGCGGAGUAACCGGCUCUUCAGCACUACAAUUUCAUAUGUUGGGACUUGGGGUUUCUUGAUCAAUUUCGAUCUUGUUCUUCAUUUUCUCUUCCCUCUAAUCCACAAUUUACUACGCGAUGAAACUAUGAACGUGGGUUCUUACAAUACCAUCUGCAAUUGGGUCCAUACCGUACUAAUUUUGUGGGUAUGGUCUCAAUCUCAAUGGGUAAAAAUCAACUGUGUAUCUGGGGCCGAGUCAGAAUUCGACCCGAGUUCUCUGGGUCCAGAAUUACUAGAAACAGCAAGAAAUCCCGAGUUCUUCGAUUGGAUGAAGAGGGUAAGGAGGAGAAUCCAUGAAUACCCAGAACUUGCAUUCGAAGAGUACAAGACGAGUGAACUCAUCAGAUCAGAGCUUGACUCGCUGGGGAUUGAGUAUACUUGGCCUGUUGCUAAGACUGGACUUGUCGGGUCAAUCGGGUCCGGGUCACAACCUUGGUUUGCUCUUCGGGCCGACAUGGAUGCCCUCCCAAUUCAGGAAAUGGUAGAAUGGGAAAACAAGAGCAAGGUGGAUGGUAAAAUGCACGCAUGUGGGCAUGACGUACAUGUCACAAUGCUUUUAGGGGCUGCAAAGUUGUUGCAGCAGAAGAGGAAGGUCUUGAAGGGAACUGUUAAGCUAAUUUUCCAACCAGCGGAAGAAGGUCGUGCUGGUGCAUAUUCUAUGAUACAAGAAGGGGCUAUUGAUAAUGUGCAAGCAAUUUUUGGACUUCAUGUUUUGCCUUUUACACCUAUAGGAGCAAUUGGAUCUAGACCUGGACCUUUUCUUGCUGGUUCAGGCAGAUUUCUUGCAACAAUUCACGGGAAGGGUGAAAUGAGAGACCCGGUUGUCGCAGCAUCCACCACAAUUUUGGCGCUGCAACAACUUAUUUCUCGAGAGACAGACCCUCUUGAAUCCAGAGUAGUAACAGUGACCAUGAUACAAGGCAGCCAGCAGAGAGACGUGAUCCCCAACAUUGUUAAGUUUGGGGGGACUUUUAGGAGCAAAACAUCAGAGGGGUUGUCCGAUCUUCAGAGAAGGAUUAGAGAGGUCAUAGUGCUGCAAGCAUCUGUGCAUCGGUGCAAUGCUACUGUGGACUUCAUGGAAGAAACAGGAAGGCAUUAUCCUCCAACUGUCAAUGACGAAAAAUUGUAUGACCAUGUGAAGGGAAUAGGAAGUAUGUUACUCGGUGAAUCAAAUGUGCAUAUUUCCCCAUUUGCAAUGGCAGCAGAGGACUUUGGCUUCUAUUCACAGAGAAUUCCGGGUGCAUUUUACAACAUUGGGAUAAUGAACAAAACACUAAACUCGAACAAGCCAUUACACUCUCCAUACUUUUUUGUAGACGAGGAUGUUCUCCCGAUUGGAGCUGCACUUCACGCUGCUGUUGCAAUGUCCUACUUAAAUGACAAUGCAAUUGCACCAUUUCAAAGUCAAUAAUUAAGGAGCUUUAUGGAAUUGGCUUAUGUUGCAAUACAGUACAGGAAAUGUUAUUAAAUUCAGGUAAAACUAGUCAAUUUGGCUCAUUUUGUUUUGUAUUCUAUGCAUUGUGUUCAGAUAUAGAUAGUUCUUAGUUUCUUACUACCUCCGUCCAAUUUUAAUUGUCACAUUUACUAGUUCAAAUUACUUUGUCAAAGUGAUAAUUAAUUCCAAGCGGAGGGAUGUUUUUCUGUAAAUAUAUAUCUUUGAGAGGUUUUCGAUGUUUAAUUUGACAUUCAGUUACAA